AUGUCUGCCAUCCAGCUACGAACAUUUCUUGACCACCGCCCAGGGAUCCCACCCAGCACGUCCAUCGCUCGUCAAGGGAAGGACCUGCGGGGCUACCUCCCUGGGCAGCUGGCGAGAGCCCAUUUGGACUACUGCGUAAUGACAUCUCCCAGACAUUCAGAGCCUGCAGAACCAUGGUAUAAAGAAACCACGUACCAAAGAGACUAUUGUCUGCCAUUUUACAACGUUGGCUGGGACCAGAAAUUAGCCACGGCUUCGCAGAAUCCACGGCCGCUCGUGGAGUCGCUGCCGGAGUUCUGCCAUCCUGAAGAAGGUUGCUGCUGGACCGAAAACUUCCAGACUCGCUGUGGCGCUGGGGCACCUGUGGCGUCCUUAGCCCGUCACAGCGCUCAUCCCUGUUUGCUGGCCAUGUCGUCUCCCCUACGGUACAGUCCGGGAAGACUGUGUACUUGUCCCUGCCACGCACAUCUAGCAAAUUCCAGCUUACAGUAACCGCCUCCCUCGCUCACGGCUUUGCGUUCUGCAGUUUCGGUUACCCACGGUCGA